GAUAAUCAUCCGACUCGAAAACUCGUUAUCAGUGCUCCUCGGGCGUACUUUUAGCCGGUAGGAUUUGGGCACAACCGUGAUUGACAGAGUUGAGUCACCGCAGUAAACAGUUUGCGGGUUGGGGCUUGUCGCUCAUUACAAUUGGGUGCAUUUGAGUAUCUGGGGUUCUCAGUUACCAAAUCCUUUGCACAAUCAACUGCCAAAAUGUGUUAGAGUCAACGCGCCUCAGGCAUGAACACACUACUUCAGAGACUCGUGAGAUAUUUGCGUUGGAUAUAAAGUUUUACAGAUUGAGCAUUGACUUGUUUCUCUUUGAGGGAGAACAUCUGUCAGAAGUUUGGACGCUUUUUAAGUUGGAAAGUUUUACAGAUUGAGCAUUGACUUGUUUCUCUUUGAGGGAGAACAUCUGUCAGAAGUUUGGACGCUAUUUAAGUUGGAAAGGAACCCGAUCUUUUCCCUUUGGAUUGCCUUCUUAGCAGAUACUCAAGGAAAAAGCUUAUAUCAGCUGCAACCACCAAGUCAACAAUAUGUCUGCCGCUUCAGAUUAUCCGGAGAUCGUGCCGAAGAUUGCAUCUGAGGCUAAAGGAACAGACUUUUGUGGUGAUAAAAACAGCUGCUAUAUUAUCCGAUCUGAUGUGGGUGUCUACAUGAGGUGCAAAGAUAUUCACGCUGGUCAAGAUAUCAAGAUUCACCGUCUAAGUGAGGCCUGUAGAUGGGGCGAUCACUACUUGGCCACUGACUCUCAUUUCUACAUCAUUAAGGGAGAUGAGUAUCGCAGAGUCACCGACCUGAGUAAAGACGAGGACGCUGUGGUUUACUCUCUUCAUCGCAACUGUCGCGGAGGAAGCGGCUACUACUCUGCCUUUGGUUAUUGGUACAUCGUGUUUGCCAACAGAGGCACCUACAGACGAGUGAGUAACAUGAACAAAGACGAAGACGCCGUUGAGUAUAAAAUCCAUCAAGCGUUCCAAGAUGGCAUCUAUUUCUGGGGUAACAAUAAUUACGUCUACUGUCUGAAGCAGGCUGGAGAAAGGGGUGUCACUUAUCACAGAAGCACCAACAUGAACUUGAACAAAUAUUGCGGCGACUUCAGCGUUCACAAGUUAGUGCUCAAGUUUAUCCCUGGUGGUAUAGCGCACACCCAUGGAAAAGUGUUCGGGUAUUGGAAAGAUGUAAAAUGUCUUCAAAACGACUCCGACACUGCCAUUGAAUGGGGAAAACCCAUCAAGAAAACCGUUGGAUUUGACAGGAGCACAAUGUCCUCCAUAGAGUUGGAAUGGUCCAUCGAGAUGGGAAUAAGCGAAGAAGUAGGAAUCAAAGCCCAAGUUUCAGAAUUGAUUGAAGCCCUCUGUAAAGUUCAGUAUAGCCUCAAAGAGAGGUUUGGGGGAAAGUUGGUCAACACAGAGCAGUUCGAGUGGAGUGACACCACUGAAGAAGACGAAAACGUUAAGCUGAAAAUUCCACCGAACACCAAGCUGUACGUUUGGCAGUUUCAAAUGGGCUUUGGAAAGAAGGAGAACCUCUUCAGCUAUGACACUGCGAUCACAUACGGUAAAACACCACCUGAGGAAACAUUAGAGUAUUUCAUGCAUUAACCGUCAUCCUGAGUCGGGCUGAAUCGGCGCCUGUUUAAAAGUGUGACACAAACGAACCUUAGUAAGAACUGUGAGUGCUUAAGUUUUCUCUGAAUAGACAUAAGUGUGUUAUGAAAUUUCUUAUCUUUUUCAUUUAAUCGUUGAGCAGUAGACAAUAAGUUUUUUGAGAAUCAAUUAAUAUACUGCAUUAAGUACAACAAAAGCAAACAUUUUUCUGUUCACUAAAGUCGAUCAAUUUUUUCGGUCUCUGAAUGUGUCAUUAACGCCUUAAUCAUUAUAUGCUGUGCUAGUUUGAGAAGCAACAAACCCCAUUUCAAGUAUGAGACAAGUCAAUUUUAGUCUUUUAACUAAUGUCGAUCAAUUUUCAGUAUAUUCUAGUGAACUAAUGAGAGGUAACCACGGAAAUUAAAAAAAAUAUAUAUGCACUUAUGUUCACUUUAACAUAUAACACAUUAACUUAUGUUCGCGUUUCAACAGACAUGAGUGUGUUUUCCUAAGGGUGUUUUUAUGGUCAUUUACUCCUAGAAUAAUAUAUACCGCGCGUACAUGUUCAAAAGGUUACCAUUACUGCUGUGAAGCGUAAGACAAGUGAACUUUUGUUGAAACCCGAACAUAAGUUAAUGUGUUGUAUGUUAAAUUGAACAUAAGUGCAUAUAUUUUUGAAUUUCGUGGUUACCCUCCAUUAGUCCACUAGAGUAUCCUACACCUGUUUAAAAAGAUAUUAAAGUGCAGUUAAGUGUGAGACAUGCAAUUGUUCCAAGGUCAGAAUUGUUACUAAUCGAUUUUACUUUGAGUGAAUAUGAGUGUGUUUUGAGUGGCACUAUGAUACUAUUAGGGAAAAAAUGUUGAACUGGCAAUAUAAAAAUGCUCUAACUAGGAAAAAAAUCACGCGGAUGUAUGCUUUCGUAACUCUAACUGAUUGUAACAAACCCCGAGGACUGAUUAAAACUGUAACACAAACUAAAAGUUUUGAUGACUGAAGUGUUUCUGAGCGAGAUUGAAAAUAUCCAGUGUGGAAAAAUGUGAGCGCAAAACCUCUGUUGCUCCCUACAAAGCGUUGGUUCGUGUUCGUGGAAUACUUCAAUUAUUUCCUUGUUGAUAAUUAAAAGAAAAAUGUUUGACAUUC